AUGGCCGACCGCCUCACCCAGCUGCAAGACUGCAUCGAUGUUCUCAACACCCUAAUGUUUGCAUCGCUGAACUACGUACAUACCCGUCACCCCUACGGUGAAAUCCCCGGCCAACCCUCACAAGCCCCACACCCCUCCGGGCAGGAAAACGGCACCGCGAACGGCGACGCACAGCAAGGCGAGGGUCAGACUGGCAGUCACGAAGCAGGCGCGCCCACUCCCGAGGAGCAACGGGUCUUCAAUGCUGCUCUGCGCGAAAUGGCACAGGAUGUGGUUCUGCAGGAGCAACAAAUCGAGAUUAUUGUGAACCAGCUACCGGGUAUUGGUUCGAGCGAGGCUGAUCAAGAGCGGAGGAUGCGGGAGCUUGAGGUCGAGAUGCGGGAGAUUGAGGAACAGCGGGCGAAGAAGGAGACUGAGCGUGAGAAGAUGGUUGAUAUGCUGGGAGAGAUUAUUGGUCGGGUGAAGAGGGUGCCUUGA